UUCACCAAAGAGGACGAGGACAGUUUUGCCGUAUUUGCUACUUAUUGUGGAUUAGCACUGGAUCAUGCCAGGUUAUACGAAAAGAUACACAAAUCUGAGGAGAAAUACAAAGUGGCGUUAGAAGUGCUAUCAUAUCAUAACACGUGUACUAAUGACGAGUUAAUUACAAUUAAAUCGUUGCCAUUGGACUCAAUGCCCGAUGAAACUGACCCCGCAUUCUCGCCGUACACCCUAUCCAACGACGAGAAGGUGCUCUCAUCAGUGAAACUGAUCCAGUCGUUCAGCGGGGUAACCAAGUGCGAGGUGGACGACAUCUACCGGUUCACUUUGACCGUGCGCAAAAACUACCGCAAAGUGCCCUACCACAAUUGGACCCACGGCUACAGCGUGGCCCAAACCAUAUACCGGUUCACGCGGGACUGUCCCGGGUUUACACCUAUGGAGAAGUUCUCGUUUUUCGUGUCCGGCCUGUGCCACGACCUGGAUCACAGGGGCACUAAUAAU